AAAUAGAUAAAUGUGAUUAAUAAAUCUCAAUGAUAAACCUGAUGAUAACGUACUUGAGAAAAUGUGAAAUUGUGAUAAUUCUGUAACAAACUUCUUUGCAAACUUUGUCAUUACCAUUCAACCCAAAACUGUCAGUGAUUUUUGCUUUUUCACUCAAACUUAAAAACAAAUGAAAACCUUAUACAGAUCACACUUAUUGACAUCACAGUGUUACUAAAAACACUACUAUAACACAGACCGUUAGCUGUAAUAACACUGAACAAACUUACAACAACAUCCUCCUUUCUCAUGCAUUUUGUUGCUUUUCUUCUGCAUGAGUUAAUUCAGACUAAGUAUUAGCCUCCACAGAGGAGGGGGGAGGGGUGCGAGAGGUAAACUAUAUCUAUGCAAUCCCGUAUCCCACUGGGCCCCGGUAAGUUCCACGUAGUGGUUCUAGUUCAAAUUUAGGAUAAAAUGGAACAAGCUAUUUUUAACACACAGAUUCUCUACCUAUUCCCUUUGCACUUACAUAUAAUGUUCACGUAUAUUACAUGUCGCGUGUUUAAAUUUCUUGAGGAUUUUUAUUCGCACAUCAUUAAUUUUUUAUUUUUUUACAGUCGCGAAAAACGCAAAAUUAAUGGCCUGCGAAUGUACUUAUUAAUAAGAUACUAUACAUACUGUAGUACUAUACCGUAUUUAUUCGAAUAAGCGCCCAACCUCGAAUUAGCGCCCACCUCAAAUAAGUGCCCAUCCCAGAGGCAGAAAAAGUUAAUAAGCACCCAGCCUCGAAUAAGCGCUCACCCCACCCCCUCCCCUCCUUACUAAACUCAAAUAAGCGCCCACCCUCACCCCACCCACUUGAGUGACUAUGAGAUUGAAAUUGAAAUUGAAUAAGUACUUAUAAGAGACUUCCCCGAAGACGGCGUUUUCUUCAGAGUAUUUUACAGAAAUCUUGCUUUGUUACUUCUUCGCGUUUUGUUAUUACCUUUUACUGUUUUGUUGCAAAAUAAACAUACUACACUUGCUGAAAGUGGUGAAAAUUUAAUAAUCGCCCAACCUCGAAUACCCGCCCACCUCAAAUAAGCGCCCGCUCUCAAGGUCCAAAAAUUUAAUAAGCGCCCAGGGCGGUUAAUCGAAUAAAUACGGUACAUGAACAGUCAGGGCAUCUUUUGAAUACCUGCGCGUUGGUAGUUUUUUUGGCUCAGCAAUGAUUGUAAGGAAAACAAUAAAGAUGCUUUUAAAUGCCCAUGAAGUGCGAGGUCUUUGUUUGGUGACUUUUUUGGCUUUAGAAUGGAUAGUUAAGGGUGCAAUUUACGCUUUUCCCAGCUCCACAUCCAAAUGUGCAAUCGUCAUGUUAAUUAAACAGUUAGUUGCUGUUAGGCAGAUAGAUUAAACUUUAGAAGACUUUCGAGUCAAACCUCAUACAGUGGUUUGUUAUGUCAACCAUACAAGUUGCACAACAUCCAAAAUGUUGAAGCAUACUGUACACUAUAUCUGCCAAAAUAACACGCAGGCCUCAGUGUUAAAACAUUGGGCGCGUAAAUGAGAAAACUUUUUUACUACUUCGUCAAGCAAAAAUCUCCCAAUUUUUCUAAUUUACAAGAGCAAGUUCUCCUUUACUUGUUGGAACGUCCUGGAUUGAACUUGCCUUGCAACGUUUUCGUUGCAGUAGUGAUUGCAAAAAUGGAACUUGCUUCUCAUGUUUUCAGAUCGUUAGUCAAUUAAUCACGACAGAGUUAAAUGAAACAUUACUUAGUGUGAUGCUGUUCUCCAGUAUCUAAAAUCAGUUGUAAAAUCUUAAUGUAUUUUACAUAUGCCAAUAACCAAGAAGGUAAAUUCCCUCUCGCAUUAAAUUUCAUUUCUCUAAUUUUUAAAACCAAUGCAAUAUUAUUAAUAUGUAAUAUAUAUAUUUUUGCUUUAGGGUGCGUUGUGAAUGUUUCUAGUGUUAAUGGCAUGAGAUCGGUAAGUUUACCAUCAUAAAUCAAUAAAAUACACGAGGAAUUUUUGAUGUAUACAGUGUUUAUUAACAUAAACUUUCCGUAGGCUGGUUGUUUCUCUGUUAUUUUAAACACAAUGCUUAGGCUCGUCAAUGAGAUAAAUUCAGUCUUGCUUCUCUUCUCGAGUAUUAAUCCUUAACCCCCUAGGCUGUCUAACUAUAGCCUGAGAAGACAGCGGAACUGAUUACUGGUUUCUCCUGUGUCACUCUAAAGAUCUGGGUAAUGCUUCUGGUUGGUCGUACCCCACGGGAAAUUUGCCUUAACCAAUCAGAAGCACUGCCCAGAUCUGGGUAGUGACGUGUCAUCAGUAUGAAAUUUCUGCAGUCGUUCCUCACACGUCAUUUCGCGGGGAAACCAGAGGUGACACCGCGAAUGUUGGCUGUUGUUGUUUAUCGCUGAUGGUCCUCCGUAUUGUUUUGACAGUUUCCUGGCGUGCUUGCCUACUGUAUGUCGAAAAGUGCAGUUGAUCAGCUCACGAGAUGUGCUGCUCUCGGUACGUAGGCCACUUUAGUGGAGUAACCAAAGCAAACUUUAUGUAUCAGCAUUGAAAUGCUCUUAAGCUCUAACAAGGACAAAAGAACUGUCUCUACUUGCCGGAACUGUAUCGGAUCGUUCUGCCCAAGGUCAGUUCGCACGUUCUUACGUCGAUUCGCCCGAUGGGUAUUUUCGUUCUUUAAACCUGAAAAAAGGAUCAAGCGUAAACACAGGGACUGUACAUGUGAAAUCCUACUCGUUUUGUAGAGCAUCCUAUUUCAUCGGGCGAGUCGACUUGAGUUCGGGCGAAACGUCGUCGGGCGAUUCGACUUUCGGACGAAACCACCCUAAUUCGCGGGCGAUGCGUGGUUGAUGUGGCUGUCUGAGUUUCAUGUGCAAGGUACCUCUUAAACAAGAGAGAUGAUGUAUAGUUUGUCUCUUGCUGUCUUUUUAUGCUAACCUAUGGGUACCCUGUGUGAAUUACUGUUUAACCCCGAAAAACGAUCAUGAAAGUCAGGGUUCCAUGGUGAAGGUUGAUUUUGGCAGCCAGUUAAUGUGCAUUUAUCACGUUGCAGAACUUGCGUCGAAACAAAUCCGUGUUAACUCAGUCAAGUAAGUAAAUAUUAAAUAGUGCGCUAAUUCAUGUAUAAAUAGGGUCAAAUGCUCAUCACGGGAUCUAGCCUGCGACGCCUGAUCACAGGUUGCUACUUACAGGUGAUCAAGUGUGCAUAUCAUUGAACGUCCUCUUCUCUUUAGCAUUUUAUCAUCACCCUUCUUUAAUCAUCAUCGUCAUCGUCAGCAUUGUCUUCAUCGUCAUCAUCGUCACCAUUGUCAUCGUUGUCGUCUUGCUUAGUCCCUGUUCAGCGUUUUCCCAGUCCUUCUCGGUCAAUUCACUUGGGUGACGUACCCGAGGCGAACGAUCGGGAAACGCCUGGACAAAAACAGAAUGCGCAUGUGUGUGUUGCUUUUUGAAAUUCAAGAGACUUCAAAAUGUUGUCGAUAAUGGUUUUUUCAAACCCUUGUGGAUAUUUGCGGGAUCGACUUUUGCCGACCGGCUUUGAAAGUCAUCAGAAUGUUAUUCAUAGUCCUAUGAAGAUUGAUUUCUGCUCCUUCAAUCUCAUCAUUCCAGCUGAAUUAUCGGAGUUUGUUGCUCCUGCCUGACUUAUAACCCAUAGUUUUAACCGAUCGUGCGAAUUUUCAAAGUAAAAACGAUACUUAGUGACCCUCUGUGUAGUAAACGUAGAGCGCACAUUUUAAAUAAUCAGAAAAACCGAACAUGCUUUCAAAUAAAAUUCAUUGCAUUAGCUGCGUAUUGAAAAGUGCCAAAAAGCUGAACCUAAAAGUAAAAAUCCUAUAAAAUUCACCGACAUUCGCAAAAGUGAUGCGUGUACUGUGAGAAGCUAAGAAUUCAACUUGGAUAUUGUAGUCUCAGGAUCGUGUUUUGAGCUAAGGGAGAAAUUAUUUCUCGAAAAACUUUAUUUAAAAACUCAUAAAUUAAUCCUUGAAAGCAAUUCGCGUAACACAAAUUGGGCUCGUGAAUCCGUUCACGCAAGUAAAAUCGGUUGAGCACAUGGCAAAAGUUAUUCAACACAAAUCUCAAAUCAGGGCGUUCAAGCCGAUCUCUAAAUGUACAAAACGUAAAAAUUAAUGUUUACUAAUACAUAAUUCUCUUUUUAAAACGUCAUUUUCUUGACUAAAGAGUACAAAAUGUACCUGAAAAUUCUUCAAAAACUUCGCUGCUUGGUGGCGUUUCAAAACAGGCCAAGCGCUCCGAUGACGGAAAUUUUCUGAAUUUCGAAUUCCUCGAAGGACAAUUUUGUAAAAAAAGCCUUCCUUUGUCCACUAGAAGAAAACUAAGCAUUCUUUGAACUUUCCCUUUCCAUCUGUUUCUUUUAGCGGCGUAUUUUUAACCUGGAAAUCCAAAUAUCGUCUUGUAAACCAAUGCUUUGAGCUGUCUCGCUUUUGUCUCACUUUUAAAGAUUUUUUGUUUCCCUUGGACCACGUGACCCGAAACGCUUUGGUCGCGCGGAAUAAUGAGGCCUAGGAACUAGGCAAGUUGUCGUCGUCGUCGUCAUCAUCAUCAUCAUCAUUGUGAUUGUCAUCGUCGUCAUCACAUUAUCUUCCGCGUCGUGAUGACCGUCGUUAUCAUCACUUUCACAAUUAUUCUCUUUUUCGUUACUUAAUUGAAGUUAGCGGAUAUGUUUAGGGGAGUUUGACGUCCAAAUGAUGAAACGCGUUCCGAUGAAACUGCAGAUAUCCAAAACCUCAUGUCAAAGUAGGCUUUUCUUUUUCUUUUUAGGAAAAAUAGUGAUGUAAGACCACGAUUUUUUUUUCUUAAGGUUCUCUCUCGGAGAUAUCUCAAAACAAACAUAAAUAGAUGAUGUUUUUAUGGCGGCAAUAUAUUUGUUGUUCUCAGUUCCGUCUUUUUCGUUUAGCCCUGGAGUGAUCACUACUGAAAUACACAAACGUGGAGGCAUGAACGAGGAAGAAUAUCAAAAGGUGUGUUGACCUCUCUUGAAAGCCUCAUUAAACGAGGAAAUGCGAGAGCUAAAACAUCAACUUAAGCGUUACCAAAGGGAAGUCUGUUUAAAGCCGUUUUCAAUUUUGCCUGCCCUGACAACUAAACUUUGUCUGCUGUUAAACUUAUAGUUUACUGCCCAGACUAGCUAGGAAAGCAAUUUCUAGGACCACUGAUUUUCUUAAAGUGCGCUCCAUGAUCUUUAUAAUACAGUCAAACCUCCAUGAUACGGAUGCAUCUAUUUAACAAAUAGAUUCCAUGUUGCCGUGCGUCUGUUCAGUAAUAGAUCACAGAUGACGUCAAAAUGUCGUAAAAACAAAGAAGUGGCACACGAUCCGCAGGCGAGUGUGUCACUGUUGUUUUUACCACAUUUUGACGUCCUCUGUGAUCUAUUACUGAACAGACCUACGGCAACAUGGAAUCUAUUUGUUUUAUACAAUGAUCAGAAAAGAAACAGACCGAUACACAUACCUGGUGGAAUACAUCUUCUGUUUUUAUGAUAGAGCGAUUUUCCUAUGACCUUGAAAAAUGGUCUCGGUAAGUGUUAUUUGUUUUAUCAGCCAAUGGUUGAAAAGAUCAAAACAUGGACUCUUAUUUUCCCGCAAAGAAAACCCUAAUAUGGCCAAUCGUGUUGCAGUAUGACGUCAAAGCGAAGUACCGAUUGAUUUCUAGAAAGUUCUCGGGCAUGAAGUUUUUUCACCCGAGCGUUCGCUUAACCAAGCAAAAGCCACGUGCGUUUGAAUCCGUUCGAUAAACCAAUCAAAUCGCUCUAUUUCCGUUCGUUUGUUGUUUCUGUUUUGUUCGCGCGUUUUCAUUUCAAGGUCAUAUGAAAAUCGCUCUAUGGAUGUCUCUGUACCUUGUGUGUCCGUACUAGGACGAUGUGACUGUAUUGUAAAAUCUUUCAAAUCCAAUUUCUCUUUUUUUUGGCCAAACCUAGAAUUCAACUGAAAUGUAUGCAAUCGUAUCGAGUAUUUGGGAUCUCUUUUAACCCUGUUCCUUUUUUUUUUCUUUACUUUCCUGGGUUAGCAGGGGAGGGUCGGGGACUUGGGAGACUUUUAUACUCGCGUCGUUAUAUUGUUUUGUGUUUCGUUCCAUUUAAUAAAUUUUAAAAGUAUGAGGAGCAAAUUUUGCAGUGGCAAUUUAUGAAUUUAUAGCAAGACGCACUGUAACGCUCUUUUCUUUAAGAAUUUGUAGAAGCGUUUUUAAGGUCCUGAAGGCCGUUUUUUUAGGCCCUCUUGAGUUGCUCUUAUAAACAUAGAAGCAUACUUGAAAUAAACCAGGCGGAAUGUGAUAACACCUUUGAGUCUUCCACGAAUAAUUUCCAAUUAAUAUCUAGGAUUUCGCUAAGAGUUACCACUUUUGCUUUAGUUUCUAGAACGAUGUAAAGAAACUCACGCCUUGGGCCGGCCGGGAAAUGUGGAGGAAGUUGCAAGCGUGAUCGCUUUUCUGGCGUCAAGUGAUGCGUCAUACAUGACGGGUGCCUCGUUGCCUGUAGACGGGGGAAGACACGCUAUGUGCCCAAGAUAACCACAUUGUUAAUCAUAUCCAGUAGUAACCAGCAAGAAUUACAAGCAUAGAAUUACCGAUCAUUUUAUUGAGUAUCCUAGAUAAAU